AGCAUUGCGGACUGCGCCUAGAGUCCAGACGAUCGAUAGGUAAAACAAAUAUCUGCAGCAGCUAGCCGAAAAUCUCUGAGGUAAAACAAAUAUCUGCAGCAGCUAGCCGAAAAUCUCUGAGGCAACAGUUGAUAACCAGGCAGCCGACGAGUCCAAGCUACAUCAAAGCCAUUAAUUCAAAUUGGGGAUUAUGUGCGCAACAGCAACAGCAGCAGCAGCAACAGCAACAACUUGUGAAAGCACCGCACGCCGAUGUAUGACAAAUCAAAGAAAACCUGGAGUCAACGGCUCAAAAUUAGCAGCGAUAGCAAAAACGCUUCUCUAGCCACGGUCGGCGGCAUGCAGACCCUGCAGCUGUUGCACAUGCAGCAGCAGCAGCAGCAGCAACAACAUCACCAGCAGCAGCAGCAGCUCCAAUAUCAUCCCCAGCUCCAAUCGCAUCCGCCUCGACAUCUGCAACAUCUGGGCUAUCCGCCGCCUGCCGCACCGCCGCCCGGCUAUGAGUUUGUGCCCAGCGCUCUGUCGCGCUCCAUGAAGUAUGCCGAGCCCUGGAUCUAUGGCACGGUGCGCGGUAUACCCGCACGCUCCGCCGCCGCCUACCCUGGCUAUGGGCAUCCGCAUGCGGCGGCCAUUUUCGCCAGCGAUGGGGAGCCAGGGGGCGGCGGCGGGGCGCUGGCAAUUGUGAUCUGUUCGUGCCCGGAGUAUCUGAAUGGGACGAAACGUGACGUGAAAAAAGCGAGCGUGUGUAAGAAGUGCAAAGGUUCUCGCCUGCCUCUGGCCACCAUCAGCGGGGGAGGCACGGUGCGGCUGCCACAACUGGCAGCUGCUGCCGCUGCCGCCGGCCGGCGACCCAUGGCGGCAACAAUGCGCGUGGUGAGCGCCACGAAGCGCUCACGUCCCACAAUUCUGGAUCCGCAAAAGGAUCCCUAUGACCUGAUGCGACGCACACGUCUGCUGUCGCCGGAGCCCAGCGUCGAGCCAGCGCCCGCCAGCUCAAAGGACGCCAAGUCACGUAGCCGCGACGCAGCUGCCUCAGCGACUGCGAAUGCAACUGCCACGCCCAAGGCCGCCGCAGUCGGAGGCAUGCAGCGCGGACGCACCAGAACGCGUGCGCCGCUGCCGCCGCCGACGCCAGAUCCCGCCGACUGCUGGCUAAUGGAGGACAAUGAGUCGCUGCUGCAAUGCAGCGGACUGGUGGGCAGCACGCGUCGCUCCAUCUUGCGCUGCAAUGUCAAUCCCUACGAACUGAUCUCAGUCGAAAGCCAAGCCAAGACCAAAAACUUGCCCAACAACGAUGAUUUUGAUGUGGCCGAUGCCCAGCUAAACGAGGAUGAGCAGCAGUUGCAGCGGGAACAGCAGCGGGAACGCGAUCAGCGCAAGUUCUACAGCAACAAUGUGGCUGCGAUUGCGGGUCAGCGCAUUAGCCUGGGCGAAAAGCCAAACGAUUCGCCUGCCGAGCGUCUACUGAUUGCCGCGGAGUCACCGUCGCCGCCGGCAACAGGAACAGCCGCAGCAGUUAAUAAUCCAAGGCGUCCACCGCGCAACAAGAAGUCGGAAGAGUUGCCAAACCUAACGCUGGAUGCAGCAGCUUCAACUGCAGCAGCUUCCAGCACAGCAACAACUGCUGUGGCUACGCCUGAUGAGCUGCCGUCCAGCCACGUGCUCACUGUCACGCCUACUAUUACGCCCGGCAUCAAGUCCAUACUGAAACGUCCGUCUACGCUGGAGCUGACUGUGCCUGUGCCUGCGCCUUCGCUUGGGCUGACAUCAGACAAUGCUGCCACAACGCCUGCAACGGCGCCGCUGCUGACGCCCUCGGGCAAGUCACAGUUCUAUAUACCAACGCCCACGGGCACGCCCACGCCCACAUCGGCGUCGAGCACGCGCAAAAAAGUGCAAUUUAUGGUCGAGGAUAAAAUCAUAGCCACGACCACGGAUGCAGCAGCAGCAACGGCGACAACGACAACUGAUGACAGCGAAAAUUCUGUUGCUGUUGCUGCGGCGGAGGCAGCAGCUGCUGCUGCUGCAGAUGAUGAUGAUGAGACAACAGCAACAACAGCAGCAAACUAUGAGUACUACAAUCGCAAGCGAAACGCAGCCACACAGCAGGCGAUAGCAACACAGCAGCAGCAGCAACAACAGCAGCAGCAACAACAGCAGCAGCAACAACAGCAACAGCAGCAACAACAAUCAGCACAGCAGCCACAUCAAACACAACAGCAACAACAACUGACAUUGUCAGCGCUUGAAUCUGACGUUGAUGAUGAGCAUAACUUUACAGCUUCCGCUGAGCCAACAACUGCAGCGCUGGCCACGCACAUUACGCCGGAUAGUUUGCAUUAUGAAGAUGUGCUGCCGCCUGUGCAUCAAAUAUUUGGCAAUAGUUGUAGCAACAGCAACAGCAGCAGCAGCGAGUCGACUGAUGCUAGCCAAGUAGCUGAAAUUUUGCCAAACUCAACAAAUGCUCCUGCUGGCGCCAAAUUAUUAUUGUCGGCGUCGAGUCCGAGGCAUGCUGGGUCAACAGCAGCAGCAACAGCCGCAGCAGCAACAACAUCCCCAACAGCAACAGCAACAACAACUCUUCCAAGAGCGGCAACAUCACCGCAUGUCACUGCAAAUGUUGUCAGCGCUUUAGCAGCGGGCGCCACAACAACGACAAGUGCGAGAACGAGAACCCAAAAGACGACAGAAGCAAAUCGCGAUUAUGACGAUGAUGACGAGCACAACGACAACAACAAUAACAACGACAAGGAGCAGCAGCAGAAGCAGGCGCAGGAGCAGAAGUCAGAGCAGAAGCAGGCUGAAGCUGAGGACCACGAGCUGGUUGGCAGGCCGCGGGCAAGUCAGAAGCGUGCAACACAAACGACACAAUCGCGAAAUCCCAUCAGACGCGCUCACAGCGAAAGGCAUUUGUCUGCCGCACCCAGCACCGACGACUCCAGCGAGUCGAGGCCACAGCCUGGCCAGGCUCGGAGUCUGGCUGCGGCCAGUGGGCCGCAGAAUGUCAUUUUAAAUUUUAAGGACACAAUGGCGCUGCGCAUGAAAAGCAACCGCAACGACUCGAGAGAUUUAUUUCAAAGGCGGCCCACAGAGCCACCACCGCCGCCGCCAACCGCAAACGGAUUAGAGAAGCAACCAACACCGCCGCCGCAAAUCAAUAAGUCAACUGCUCCACGUCAGCAAAGGACCGUGGUGCGUGUGGCGCCCUUCAACCAGAGCAGCGAGGUGCAUCGCCUGAAAAUCUCGCACAGCGAACCGGAUGGAGCGCAUCCCCUGGAGUACAAUGCCACGGCCGCGGCCACACGGCUGCUGCUGCUCUCGCCCACAGACGUUGGGCCGGAUGUGGCGCCCAAGAAGACGUCGAUACUGAUUAACGGCGACGAUUGCUACUCGACAAUGAACCUGAGCACAGAUGCCGCCCAGCCGCUGUACCAGUCCUCCGUGGUGGUCAAUAGCCAGUCGGCGACAGGCGUCUGCAUCAGCGUGAGCAGCGCCGAGGAGCUCAUCGAGCAGCACAAUCUACUGAAUACGCUACGCACUCAACAGCAACAGCAUCUGGCUGCGAUUAUUCCCAUUCGUAGCAGCAUUGGUGGCGAGGUGAAUUUGCAGCGUUCCGCCUCCUGCAUAUCGUCCACCUCGAGCAGCUCGACGUCGAGCAGCAGCAGCUCUAGCGGACGCGGCCGCACGCUCAUCCGGCUCGACUAUGACAAAGAUCUGCCCACCAGGCAGUUAGCGGCUACCACAACCACGCCCAUUAAUACACCACCGCCCACAAUCUGCUCAACGCCAGCCACGCCGCCGCCGGCGCCGUCGCCGACCUCACCCGAUGCGGAGCUGGUGCCGCACGAGACGGAGCUGCUAAAAAUUCUGCGCAAUCCCGUCGAGGCUGUCAAGCGCAAUCUGGUGCCCCAUGUCUGCGGCUUGAGGGUGCAAUCCGGCCUAGAAACGACGCGCAACAAGAAAAUACAGGAGACAGCAGGAACAGCUGCCACGCCCACGAAGGAGGCGAGCAGCUUCAUAGCCAAGCUGUUGCAGGAUCCGAUGCUGGGCCAGGUGGCCGACGGCCUGGAGACGGACACCGUCGCGGAGCUCAUCGAGAACUCGCUGCAACGUCUGCAACGAACACGGCAAACGAUCGACAUGAGCGGCACCAAAGAUAACGACGACAUGAACCGGCUGAUCAGCGUCUCGCUGCAGCGUGUGCGCCUGGAGCGACAGCCCGGGGGGACGAACGGCACCAAAGAGGAGGACGACCGGUUGUCGAAUCGCGGCAGCAUCAGCUCCGCCAACAGCUUCGCCUCCGCCCACAAUUACGAGCUGUUCGACUUUGAGGCGGCCGCCAAUGAGUCCGACUGCUAUCAGAGCUGCUCCAGUGAGCUGGCAGUUGCCGGAGCACUCGAGGAGGAGCAGGAUCAAACGGAGACGGAGCCGGAGCUGGUGUCCUCACCGGAGGUGGAUGCGUCUACGCGCGCCAAGUUCUAUCAGCUGCUGGUGGAUGCAACGCUGGCCGAGAUCGAGCACAGCACGACACACACGGAAGCCGAGCACCAUUACGAAUCCAUACGCCAUCAGGUGGAUCCCAUUUACGAGGAGAUCAACGAAGUGCCGCCGCCGUUGCCGCUGACGGCGCCGCCGCUGAACGACGCCGAGCUGGACAAGAAGGCGGCGCGCUCGAUAUUCGAGGGCGCAUCCAAAUACGAUAUACUCUCCUAUUUGGUGGACGCCAAGGAGCGGGGGCUGGUGCGCGAGGAGAGCUUCGACUACAGCAACAAUCCGAAGAUCAUCGAAGAGGAGGCCGCCGACACGCUCAGCGAGCUGGAGAAGCGCGUCAGCCACAGCGACGAUAGUCACAGCAAUAUGAGCUCCCUGUCGCCGCCGCCGCAUAACUUCAUCUGCGGCAAGAGCGGCAGCGAUGUGGAGCGACAGGACUCGGGCGUCGGAUCCGAGACAAGCAAAUCCUCGCGCAGCAAGUACCAGCUGCCGGCGGUGAGUCCGUUGCACUUGUGCGAGGAUUGCGACGGCGCCGUCGAGACGCAGCUGAGCGAGGCGGGGGUCCUGUAUGCGCCGCUCGUGUGCCGCAAGUGCGGCAAGAAGCGCGUCGAGCGCAAGGAGAUCAUCACCGAGAUUGUUGAGACGGAGGAGAAAUAUGGCCGCGACUUGCAAAUCAUACUGGAGGAGUUCUGCCAGCCGAUGCUGGUGGCCGGCCUGCUCAACCAGGAGCAGCUCUCCGCAAUCUUCCUCAACACGGAAGACUUGCUCGAGAACAAUCAGACACUGGCCGAGCGUAUGCGCGAUGCCCUUGACAUUGCUUUGGAGCAGGGUGACGACGAUCUGCUCACGGUUAAUAUUGGACGCAUCUUUCUUGACUUUACCCAAAUGCUGCACGCCUUUGAGAGCUACUGUGUGCGGCAGGCGGGCGCCAGCCUCUUGCUGGCGAAUCUCGAAAAGGAAAAGGAGCUGCUGCGCAUCUUUCUCAAGGUAUCCCAAAUGGAAAACGCCGUGCUGCGUCGCAUGAAUCUCAACUCGUUUCUCAUGGUGCCCGUGCAGCGUGUCACGAAGUAUCCAUUGCUGUUGGCGCGUUUGUAUAAGGUGACGCCCGCCCAUUUGGACGGACGGGAGCUGCUGAAACAGGCGCAGGAGAAAAUUGAAUUGCAUUUGAAUCACAUCAACCAGGAGGCCAAGGAUGUCCCCACCAAACUGUGGCGCCGCAUCAGCUCCUCGAGCCCCAAUCGGCGCGCCUCAUGCGAAAUUGAUAUGAUAAACAUCAAGCUGCGCAAAAUGGCCAUCGACAUACUCGAGUGGAAUCACGAUGAGGUCCGUUUCGCCAUGGAGGGCAAGCUGCUCUAUACACAGCCCGCCGACAGCAACUGGAAGAAGGCGCGCACCAUCAAGCUGAACCCAGUCAAUGCGCUGCUCGUGACCAAUGGCAAGCCAAGUGCCAAUUAUAGGGCAGAGAAGGCCACGUCGGAUAAACUGAAUUUCCCGAAGCACACCGGCAUUCGGGAGGCCUCGCUGCUGCUGGUGAAGGAGAAGUGCGGACGGUAUACGCUGACACGGGAGCCCUUGUAUCUGGACAGAUGUGUUGUGUGCAGCGAAGCGGAUUGGGAUGAUUAUUUCGAAGUGCAGGAAAUUUCAUCGAAGGACACAUUCAUAUUCAAAGCCGAGGACGGGCUGCGCACCAAACAGUGGUACACGCAGCUGCAGUAUCAUGCCCAGGGCAUGGGGGCGUGGCGCAAGAGGCGGAACGCCCUGGCCAACAUAAUGAUCAAUGGGAUGCUGACGCGCACUUAGCCAGGAAUUCGAGGAACAGCAAGAGGAAGAACAACAACAAUAUUCGCAAUAUCAAAAUUGAUGCAGCAAAAGUGCAUUUAACAAAUUGGCGGCUUAAUUUGUAUUGAUGCGUUAUUAACCAGCAAAUUAAAUAAUUAUAAUUUAAGUGAUAUAUACACAAUUUACAAUAAAUACACCUACACAUACCAAUCAUUUAGAUACACACACAUUAUAUAUAUAUAUA